CGAAGCAGAGCUCAGAACAGCCAUGACUUACCUUAUAUUUACCGUAGAGACGUGGAUCCUGCUGGUUACAUUCUUCUGCCUCUUUGUCCUGUAUGGCUCCUGGACGCACGGAGUGUUCGAGAAGAUGGGGAUCCCGGGGCCGAGGCCAGUUUUAUACAUGGGGACCCUCACGAAAACCACCAGCAAGGUGUACUUCCUUGCUGAUCAGGAGUGUGCAUUGCAGUACGGCAGAGUUUGGGGUAUCUAUGAGAUGCGGCAGCCUAUGCUGGCUGUUAUGGACCCGGACAUGCUAAGGACUAUUCUGGUGAAGGACUGCUUCACCAACUUCACCAACCACAGGAACCUGGGCCUCCUUGGAGAUCUCCGAAAUGCCAUGAGUCUGUCUGAAGAUGACAAGUGGAGACGCUUGAGGAACAUCAUCACUCCAGCCUACACCUCUGGUCAAGUCAAAGAGAUGUUCAAACUGAUGAAAUACCACUCAUCCAAAAUGGUGAAGAGUCUGAAGGAGAGGGCCCAGAGAAGUGAAGUCAUCACUGUCAAAGACGUGUUUGGCUCGUACAGUAUAGACGUGAUGGGCAGCUGCAUCCUCAGUGUGGACAUGGACGUGACCAACAACCCCCCAGAGGAGCUCAUGCGCCACGCUUCCAACUUAUUCAACAUCCCCAUCCCUCUCUUUAUGUUAAUAGGUUUCUUCCCUUUCAUCAUCCCGGUUCUGGACUGGUUGGGUGUCGCAUUUUUCUCCAGGAGUUCCUUUGCUUUCUUUAAAAACAUUGUGGAGAAGAUCAGACAGGAUCGAAAUAACAAUUCAAGAAAGAACCAUGCAGACUUGUUGCAGUACCUCACCUGCAUUCAGUCCUCCAACAAGCUCAAGGGAGAGACCUAUGAACAAGUGCUGAGUGACCAUGAACUCCUGUGUCAGCUGGUCAUGUUUGUGGUGGGGGGCUACGACACCAGUGCCUCCGCCCUCACCUUUCUGGCCUACAACCUGGCCCAAAACCCGCACAUCAUGAGCCGCCUGCAGGAGGAGAUAGACGCCACAUUCCCAAACAACGCUCCAGUGGAGUAUGAGGCCCUGAUGCAGAUGGAGUACUUAGACUGUGUGUUCAAUGAAAAUUUGAGGCUUUAUCCCUCCAUCGCUCGCACAGACCGCGUUGCUAAGGAAACGGUGACCAUUAAAGGAAUCACCAUCCCCAAAAACAUGGUGGUGAUGGUGCCCUUCUAUGCCCUGCACCGUGACCCAGAGCUGUGGCCUGAGCCGGAGGAGUUUAAACCAGAGAGAUUUAGUAAAGAAAACAAGGAGAAGAUUCAUCCGUACUCGUACAUGCCGUUCGGAGUGGGGCCCCGGAACUGUGUGGGCAUGCGCUUCGCCCAGGCCGCGGUCAAACUGGCCCUGGUGGACGUCCUGCGCCACUACAGUUUUUGCGUCUGUGAGGAGACAGAGAUCCCCCUGGAGAUGAGCCCUACAGGCCUAAUGGGACCUGUGCGACCAAUCAGAUUAAGGAUCCAGCUGCGGUCGGACAAGGAAAUGACCACUUACUCCAAAUGCACUUCUACCUCAAAUUUCUCAAAUUUGUGAUGCUCAUCGUUUAAACCUGCACAUUUUCAAAAAGGUUGUUUUAAAGCAUCAUGGGCUAAUUAUUGA